CUUGUGACCUUUCUCAAAGGACCCAUCACUACCCUCAAUGGCCACUGCCCCCACUCUCUGUAUCACCGCCACUAACCUUCUCAUUCUCCUCAUUUUCUUCCUCCCUAGCUUAGUCUUGUCUGACUGCUCAUGUGAUGAAGCUGAGCACUCUGAUCACCCCAUUAAUGGAGGUGAAUCACUCAAGUAUAAGCUUGCUGCAAUUGCCUCCAUCCUUGUUGCAGGUGCAGCUGGGGUUAGCAUCCCUCUGCUGGGGAAGAAAGUCCCAGCUCUAAAUCCCGAAAACCACAUCUUCUUCAUGAUCAAGGCCUUUGCUGCAGGCGUGAUUCUAGCCACUGGUUUCAUUCACAUACUUCCCGAGGCGUUUGAGAGGCUCACUUCGCCUUGCCUCGGGGAGAAUCCCUGGGGGAAGUUCCCGUUCACCGGGCUUGUUGCCAUGAUGUCCGCUAUAGGGACACUCAUGGUGGACACUUUCGCGACGGGGUAUUAUAAGAGGCAGCACUUCAGCAAGCCUAAACAAGUGACUGCCGAUGAGGAGAGGGGUCAGGAGCAUGCAGGGCAUGUGCAUGUCCACACACAUGCCACACAUGGCCAUGCCCAUGGCUCGGCCAGCCCCUCCGAUGAGGAAAGCCUCUCCGACCUCAUCAGACGCAGAAUCGUCUCGCAAGUUUUGGAACUGGGAAUUGUGGUUCAUUCGGUGAUAAUUGGAGUCUCCUUAGGCGCCUCUCAAAGGCCAGAAACCAUCAAGCCUCUCCUAGCAGCCCUGUCUUUCCAUCAGUUUUUCGAGGGGCUGGGGCUUGGGGGCUGCAUAUCUCAGGCCAAAUUCAGGUUCUCAACUAUGGCCAUGAUGGUUCUUUUCUUCUCCGUCACAACCCCAGUGGGAAUAGUGCUAGGCAUUGGAAUAUCAAGAAUUUACCACGAAAAUGGCCCAACUGCACUCAUAGUUGAAGGGGUAUUUGACGCGGCAUCGGCUGGGAUCUUGAUAUACAUGGCGCUGGUGGAUCUUCUAGCGGCGGACUUCAUGAACCCGAGGCUGCAGAGCAGCCUGAGGCUCCAGUUAGGGGCAAAUAUCUCCCUUCUUUUAGGGACUGGCUGCAUGUCUUUCUUGGCCAAAUGGGCUUGAUGAGUUUUGAUCAAUUUUGAUGUACGUCUAAAUGUAAAUCUACGUCUUUUCUUUCUUGUGUCUGUUUUUGGCUUUAUAUAUAGCAGGACGCAUACAAAAAUAUGCAAGUGAUGGUUCCUAAGCAAACAAAUGGAGCCAAAAGUGAAGUUUUCCCUUGA